CGUUGUUUCGAGGAGAAUUAAGGAUCUCCUAAAACCCUUCUUCCCUAACGUUUUGGGCACUGCGUUCUGAACGGCUCUGCCUCAACCCCAAGGCUGCUCCACCGUAGUCCACCCUCCACCAUAGUCAACCGUCGACCGUCCACCGUAGUCAACCGUCAACCGUCAGUCCCUUUCAUCACUUUCGAAUUUCAUCUGCAUUCCUUUUCCGAGUUCUGUUUCAUUACUUUCUUCACAUUUAGUUGAUUUUACUCUGUGACUUUACACCGUUUAACCUAAUUUUCUAUUUCGAUCGUACACGUUGGAUAUUAAACCCACUUCAAAGCACUUAACAUACAUCUUCCGAAGAGUUAUCGAGGAAGGUGGUUACGAUGGUCGAUGUGAUAGAUAGAAUUAGCCAGACAAAUUAUUGACACGUGCUGUUUAUAUCUACUAACUGGCCAAGAAUACCAAUGGCUUACCGGCGUUGCCUUUUGAUGAGAGGGAGCCUUGUAGAUCGGAGGUUCCAUCCAUCUUUCAGUUAUGUUCUUCAUAGCGAUGAAGGGAGACAGGAAAAGUCUGAGGAAAAAUCAUCUUCAGCAGGCGUUAGUAAUUUUGCCCAGAUAAGGUCCUUUGGAAGCUCUCUUAAUGGACCACUGGGGUUCUCUGCUCCUUCCCGAGAUAAGUUUAUUUCUCCAUGCACUGGAUAUGGUUUCUGCCGGUAUAUGUCGACAGUGAAUCAGGGUUCAGAUAAGAUGGACAGUGACAUACUCACUGAUGUAGCUGAUGUACUCACUGACACUACCAUAGACACUAUAGCUUCUCAGGCUGCCAUUACUAAUGAGGUUGCAAUUGCUGCCGCCGAUUCUUUUUUUCCUGUAAUGGGCUUGCAGUACGUGAUAGAUGCUGUGCAUUCCUACACUGGCUUAAACUGGUGGGCAGCAAUAGUUCUUACAACCCUGUUGAUUCGAAGUGCUACAGUUCCACUCUUAAUAAAUCAACUUAAGGCCACUUCUAAACUUACGUUAAUGAGGCCCCACUUGGAGGAGAUAAAGCAGCAGAUGGACGGGAUGGCUAUGGAUCCUGCAGCUGUUGCUAAAGGUCAGCAGCAAAUGAAGAAGCUAUUUAAGGAAUAUGGUGUGAGCCCUUUUACGCCAUUGAAAGGACUCUUUAUUCAAGGCCCUAUUUUUGUUAGUUUUUUUCUUGCGAUAACAAAUAUGGCUGAAAAAGUGCCAUCAUUCAAGCAUGGUGGAGCUUAUUGGUUUACUGAUCUCUCAACUCCAGAUGCCUUGUACGUUUUUCCAGUUUUGACUGCAUUGUCAUUCUUAAUAACGGUAGAGUGUAAUAUGCAAGAAGGGAUGGAAGGAAAUCCUGUGGCUGGCACCAUGAAAAAUGUCUCCAGAGGUCUUGCGGUUCUUACGGUUCCUUUCACCAUGGGAUUUCCAAAGGCAAUAUUCUGUUACUGGGUUACGUCAAAUUUGUUUUCACUUGUAUAUGGACUUGCGCUUAAAGUUCCUGGUGUAAAGAAAACAUUGGGUAUUCCUGAAAUACCUGUUACUGCCCCCACCAGUGCUCCUCAAUCGCCCUUUUCUAUAUUUCCCGCUCUAAAACAAGCUACCUCUGCGACAAAUGAGUCAAGCCCAGUAGUACCUGAUAAACCUUCAAAACAUUUAAAUACAAAGAUAUCAUCUUCUGCUGUUAUUAGUCAAAGGCUUAGAAGUUUAGAGAAACAAGUGAAAGGAAGAAAGAAAAACAAGUGAGUAAAAUUUACUGUUUCUAGAUUAGGCUAUAUCGAAAUACGGAGCAAUUGUGCUCAUAUUUUUGUUAUAUUUUAUGAUCCUGGGAUGAGGGGAAAUUAGUUCAAACAUUGAGUGCUGAUAAUUUUGCAUAGGGAUUUGCCUAUCAUGUAGCCUACCCGCGAUUCACGGGUUUCUAAAUUCUCGUGUAAACAUUGAUUGCUAAUAAGUUAUGUAUUUGACAAUUGGUAUGAGUUAAACGUGUGAUUAUUUAUAUUUCGAU